GCGGUGGUUCCCGCCCGGCCGGGCCGCGCCUCCCCCGGCCCCGGCUCCUCCCCGCCCCGCCCGGCGGGGCUCCAGCCCGGGUCCGCCGCGUACGUGAGCCGGCCGCGGCGGGGACGGGGAUUUCAAAACAAGCUGCGGCGGGGGAGGAGGGCGGGGGAAGGCGGGAGCCGCGCCGGAGUGUGUCCGAGAUGGCGAGCGUGCUGUCCAGGCGUCUGGGGAAGCGCUCCCUGCUAGGCACCCGCGUCUCUGCCCCCAGCGCCUUGGCUGACGGGGUGCUGGUGGCCACCCAGGUCCCCAGCUUGCAGACCGACCUUGGCCAGGCAUCUGCCCACACAGUGCCACGAGAGGACGGAUCCUGUGCACCGUCGGCAGAGGAGAGCAGCCAAGCACCCAGGUUCCCCAGCCCCGGCCGCCGGCAGCUUUGUGCCGGGCAGCAAGUCCUCGUCACCUACAACGGGCAGGAGUGUGCCGGUCUCGUGGAGCAGCACAACCCACUGAGCGACAAGGUGAAGGUGCUGCUGCCGGAGCAGGGCUUGCAGGCGUGCUGGAGGGUACAGGACGUGCGGCCGGCUCCGCUCCAGCCCCCCACCCUGCCCGCAGCCGGCGGUCCCAGCCCUGCUGAGGCGCUGCAGAGAUCCGUAUCCAGUAAUAUUGAUGUACCCAAGAGGAAAGCUGACGCGGCUGUGGAGAUGGACGAGAUGGUGGCAGCCAUGGUGCUGACGAGCCUCUCCUGCAGCCCCGUGGUACAGAGCCCUCCCGCCGGCGAGAGUGGCAUCCCCCCCUCACGGGCAGCGUGCGAUCCCUGGAAGGAGAGCGGCGACGUCUCGGACAGCGGAAGCAGCACCACCAGCGGGCACUGGAGCGGCGGCAGCGACAUCUCCACCCCUGCCUCCCCACCCCCCGCCGGCAGCCCCAAGUACUCCAGCGAGGCCCUGAGCUCCCCCCAGGCGGAUGAUGGCUUCGAGACCGACUCCGACCCCUUUCUCCUUGAUGAACCCGCUCCACGCAAAAGAAAGAACUCGGUGAAGGUGAUGUACAAGUGCCUGUGGCCGAGCUGCGGCAAGGUCCUGCGCUCCAUCGUCGGCAUCAAGCGACACGUCAAGACCCAGCACCUCGGGGACAGCGCAGACUCCGACCAGCGGAAGCGAGAGGAGGAUUUCUACUACACCGAAGUGCAGGUGAAGGAAGAGCCGGCGCCAGAGGCGGCCGCCGCCGCCAGCCCCACGUCCGCGUCCGCCCCCAUCAUCAUCCACCAGCAAGCCCUGGCAAAGCCGGAGGCGCUGCUGGUGGAGCAGCCGGUGCUGGAGCCCGCCCUGGCCAGCGGCGCCCUGAGCCAGUCUGCCCCCAGCUCCUUCUGGCACAUCCAGGCUGAUCAUGCCUACCAGGCGUUGCCCUCCAUCCAAAUUCCAGUGUCCCCCCACAUCUUCACCAGCAUCAGCUGGGCCACUGCCACCUCGACUCUCCCGUCCCUGUCACCGGUGCGGAGCCGGUCGCUCAGUUUCAGCGAACCCCAGCCACCGACGCCGAUGCUCAAGUCCCACCUGAUCGUCGCCUCACCGCCCAGGGUGUCCAUCGGCACCAGAAAAGUCCGCGGUGAAGCCAAAAAGUGCCGUAAGGUGUACGGCAUCGAGCACCGGGACCAGUGGUGCACGGCCUGCCGGUGGAAAAAAGCCUGCCAGCGCUUCCUGGACUGAGCGCAGCACCGCGGUGCCGCAUCCCUCCCCUGCUCCUGCCCGGGGAGCACCGGAGUCCCUCACUGCUGCAACCAGGGACCUUGGAGGUACCUCCUGUGACCCCGGAAGACACCUCCAGAGCUGCGUGUAAAUUCCUCCUUCUGUAUAUUGUACAUCUGCUGGGUUUGCUCUUUUUUAAAAAAAAACUUUUUCCAACUUUUUUUUUUUUAAACCUGAAGUAUAUCUCCCUUUGUACAGUAAAAGCUGGGGCUGCGAGGGAAGGAAGCUGGUUCCUUGGGGUUCGGGGGAGAUUGUAGGCAAUCUGGGGACCAAAGAGCUUCCUGCAUUUCCCAGAUGAGCCCUAAAAUCUCCUGAACCGUCGCAGCGUGGCUGGGGUGAGGCAUUGAGGCAGCUUCCUGUGUCCUUUGACUACCUAGAAAGUGCAAAUCCCUUGUAUCCCUUAAGGGAGGGGGUCGGUAACAAUUAUAGCUUUAAAAAAGAAAAUGCUGUUGGGUUGCUGCAAGCAAGGCAGGAGCGGUUCUCGGGGCAGGAGUCGGAGGUUUCUCUCCCCACAUGGAUGUGGUCUUUGCUCGUGUUGCAUCACACUGGUAGCUCGAGCCUGCGCGUGCCUCUGGUCGGUUCCAGCGUGUCGUUUUUGGAGGCAUUUGAGGGGUAAAAAACACCCAAAACAUUUUAAUCAGGAAAGCUAUGAGAAUUUUUAAGGCAAAACCUUAUGUUCCUUCUCAUUUUAGGCUUUGUAAGUCUGCUUAGCUCUGUGAAAAAUCUAUGUUGUGGCCCUCACUGUGUCUUUCAAAACUAGGCAGAGCAAUUUUAUUUUUUUCAGUUAAUGAUUCCACCAAUAAAGGCAGCUGGGAGGACUGGGAAGGGUUUCCCUUAGCAUCACCGUAUGGCCCCAAUUCAGCAAAACGCUUCAAUAUUUCCUUCUGAAUCCCAUCGAACGUCGUGGGAGUUUUCUGACUUCCAUCCUUUAAAAUAUGUAUUUACCCAACCCAAAUUGCUGCUGGCUUCCUGUCACUGUCACUGCUGUGACCACUUGCACCGCUGGCGAGGCGUUGCACUUGGUGUCGGGCCAGGAUGCAUGCGGCCAGGGAGCAGGAUCGCCCCGUCGGCUUUCUCCCCUCACCGGGGCAGGCAACCAUUUGGAUUUGUAUUAUUUUUUUUGCUGCGUUUUUGAUAAUCAUAGGCCGUAACCCGCAGCUGUCGAGCCAAGAGCAAUCCCUGCACACAGCUUGAGCCUGGGGUGUUUUUAAGGACCCCGCGCCGAGACUCAGCUUCCCUUAUAAAAGCGAAUCGUGCGGGUGGGAGAGUCCGAUACUGCUCCCGGAUCGCCCCGUUGCUGAAGGGAUCGGGUGGGCAGGCGAAGCGGGUUGAGAUACAUAUAUAUGUAUUACUGGUGCUUGUCGACGUGUUUGGGUAUUUCUUUUGUUGUUGUUUGUUUGUAAUUUUGUACAUAUAAACAGUAUAUUGUCCCGCAACCUGAUCUUCUCUCCGGUAUCCAACUGGCGGAUGCAAUAUUUGGCCGCUGGAAGGCAGGAGCAAAACUCCUCGGGCAGGGUGCGACCCCACGGGGUUACAUCCCCAGGUGGGUCUGGGCAGGUCCGGCUCAAGUCCCAGGGAAGAGAAGAGGUUCUGUUCCUUGAGAGCUGCUCGCUCAGGUUCCCAUCCCUGCUGGAGCGUGGUAUUAGGAGCAAAAUGUCAGGAAAAGCCUUUUCCUUUCCCGCCGGCACCGGGGACUCUUUGCGGGUUCCCAGCUUGAGCGUUUUAUUGCAAAAAGGACUUUCCAAAGCGCAUUGCCAGUUGGUGCUCUGCAUCCACAGCCCUGGUAACAAUUAAUUGCAUGGUGGGGUUGUUGCACUACUCAAAAAUAGGUGUUUGGGUUUUUUUUUUUAAUAAAAAAAGGCCCCCAUGCCUUUGCUGCUGUCUGACCCCCAGCGUUUGAACAGCCAAGCCGGUGUUCUCUGUCCUGCGUUGCCUCGUGGAGCUCAGCCUGUUUAUCCUUUUGGGGAAGGGCCCUGCAAUGCCGGGAUGCGGGCCGGUUUUCGGUUAUGCCGGUGGCUCUCUGGAAGCGAGCCAGUGGUUUGGGAAGUCCCACGCAGCACCUCGCUGCAUUUUCAUUUUUCAAAUAUUUUUUUAAAAAUGGGGCUCGAAGCAGUGCCCAGAGCAAAGAAGGAAAAAAAAAUAUGAAAAAGGGUGAAUUUGUGCUUUCCUCAGACCUUGUGCCUUUGCCCCCACGACUCAGAGAGACCCAGGCAGGACCAGAGAUUUUACUUCUUGCUUUUUAUGCCCUUUCUGCCCCAAAAGGCGUCGGGCAGAACCGGAUCCGCACCGGCACUGGUCGGACACAGCUCGGCUCCCACGGCUCCCAGCUCAAUCACUCAGGAAAUGUCAAACCAAGCCAUCCGGGGUCGGCAUCGGGGCAGCACCAUAUAAAACAUAUAAAAAGGAAGAAAAAGGUGUCAAUGGCUUUGAACAAGCAGGCGUGCGUGGCGUGCAGCAUCCUCGGGUGAGACAGGGCGGGGGGGCUGGCAGGACCCCCCCCCAGCAAAUCUGGGGGACGCAGCCCCCCCCCUGCUGCCCCUCGGCCCCGGCCCUUGCAGUGCCUCCUCCUCCCGCAGCGCAUAGCACUUACUGCCCGGCAGCCGGCAGGGAUUCUCUCGCGCAGGAAUAUUUUUAUAUCAGUGUUGGUUUAUUUGGGGGGUGGGAGGUGCAUAAGGCUUUUUUUUCCGAGGGCUUUUGUGGUACGGACUUAACCGGACAAAAUUGUCCUUGUGCUCAUGGCUCUUUUCUGUUGGGUUUUUUUUUUUUAUUAUUUUUAAUGGAGAAACUGGUGCAGGGUGGGUUGGUUUUUUUUGUUUGAGUUUUUUUUGUUGUUGUUUUCCUUCUGGUUUGGGAGUAUUUUGGAAUUUUUACACUUUAAAACAGAAAAACCUUCUUGUAUUUUUGCAGAAAUGACAGCAGGCUUCCACCGUGUCUAUCGGGUUGGUUGGCAUUGGAUAUAUAACUUUGGUUUUGUAGUCCUUUCCCUAUUAUUUCCCUUUCCUAUUAUUUUUUAACUUGCUUCCAGCCACCUCCCGUCCCUUGGACUUUUUCCUCCCGACACUUGAGUCUCACUGGUCUCAAGAAAACUCCUCUUCGGCCCCAACCGCGGGUAACCCCGACCUGUAAAUCCAGCUUGGAGAGUUUUCCCUCAUCCAUCUGGCUGUCUCCCGGAGCGUGUAUAUGUAUGUAUAUAGGAACCUCUUAAUUGGGCACUAAUUAAUUGGAGGCUGCUCCCCCCUCUCUCCAGCCGGGACACUCUGCCCACCCCGCUGCUGGUGGGGACCCCAAAAGGCGAAGCGAGUCGGUUUAGCGCAGGGUGACCCCACGCUGUCACUCGAUGCCCCGUUGCCGUCAUUCCUGGAGGUGUCAUGGUGGGGGGGGGACGUGGGGAGCGGGGAAGGGGUUGGGGAUGCUUGUCACCACGGCCGUGCCCCCGUGGGGCCACCGGCUGCCCGGCUGAGCGGGGACGAUGCCGUAUCAAGUGAAUUUUCUGUCUUGUUGGAGCUUUUCUCAGCUGUCUUCCAAGUAUUAUUUUUAUUGUUAAAAAAAAAAAAAAAAGUUAAAAAUGUGAAAUGUAAUUUUUACAGCAGCAAUAUGAAAUAUAUUUUAUAAGAAAUAAAAAGAAAAGUUGCCUGGUA